UCUCUGAUCUGAUCCUGUUGUUUCUGCUUGUCUCUGCAGGUAUUAAAAAGUAUGUUGUUGGACUUAUUAUCAAGACGUCGUCGGACGCUACAAUGGUCGAGAAAGAGAAAGUGUACAUUGGGAAGCUGAACAUGAUCCUUGUUCAGAUCCUGAAGCAGGAGUGGCCCAAGCACUGGCCCACGUUCAUCAGUGACAUCGUGGGAGCCAGCCGCACCAGCGAGAGCCUCUGUCAGAACAAUAUGAUCAUCCUCAAGCUGCUCAGUGAGGAGGUGUUUGACUUCUCUAGUGGACAGAUGACCCAGGUCAAGGCCAAGCACCUCAAAGACAGCAUGUGUAACGAAUUCUCCCAGAUAUUCCAGCUCUGCCAGUUUGUCAUGGAGAAUUCCCAGAAUGCACCACUGGUCCACGCCACUCUAGAAACGCUGCUGAGGUUUCUCAACUGGAUUCCUCUUGGGUACAUUUUCGAGACCAAACUCAUCAGCACACUCGUCUACAAGUUCCUGAACGUGCCGAUGUUCCGCAACGUGACGUUGAAGUGUCUGACGGAGAUCGCUGGGGUCAGUGUCAGCCAAUACGAGGAGCAGUUUGUCAACCUCUUCACGCUCACCAUGUGUCAACUCAAACAGAUGCUUCCCUGAACACCAACAUUCGUCUGGCGUAUUCCAACGGUAAGGAUGAUGAGCAGAACUUCAUCCAGAACCUCAGCCUGUUCCUCUGCACCUUCCUGAAGGAGCACGGUCAGCUCAUCGAGAAGAGGCCCAACCUCCGAGAGACACUGAUGGAGGUGAGAAACAUACCGCAGCAGUUUCUCCCAAAACGACUCUUUUCUCAUUUCCUGAACGCUGCUGGGCUUAGUUGAUUCAAGCCCACUGGUUACAUCCUGGGACUGGGUGGGACA